GUCUUUCAGUGAAAUUACGAAGAAAAUUAACACGUGUUGAAUUAUCAACUGAUGAAUGGGAUAUUUUAAAUUUGAUUAUUAGCUUAUUAUAUCCUUUUUAUUCAGCCACAAAAGUUUUAAGUAAUACAAAAUAUCCAACUGUUGGAUCUGCAUUGUAUCUUAUGAAAGGUCUUGAAGAACAUCUUACAAAAGAAGAUAAUAAUGAAUUGUUAAAUAAUUUGAAAAAAAUUAUAUUGAAUAAAUUUCGACAGUAUAUUAUUGAUGAUGUAGAACAAUUCAAUACUUUAAAAUUGUACUCAUAUUUUGAUCCAACAGGUUUUUCGGCUCUAACAAGAGGCGAACAAACAACAGUUGAAAAAGAAAUAACAAAAUUACACAAAAAUGUAUUCUCAUCAUCAGAAAAUUCUUCGUCAUCAUCAAAUCAACAAAUGAAAAAAAUGAAUAACAUCGAUAAAGCUUGGCAAGCCUUUCUUCAAGCCACCAAUAAAGAUCUAAUUCAAGAACCAACAACAACAUCUACAAUCCAAUCAGAUAUAAGAAAAUAUCGAAAUUUGGCAACUAAAUUGUACGUAUGA